AUGGAUACAUACCACUUUCAUCUAGUAUUCGACAUUGCUAGCUUUGUCGGCGUGUCGAACACGGCCGCCCUCGUCUGUUGGAGAUUCUGCCUUGCUAAGUUGGGCGAAUUCCCAGGUAUGAAGAAUCGAAAUGGACGGAAGCGCAUUUCUUUACGCACGUGCUUGACUGAGGAUCGCUACCGUGGCACACUUAUCUUCCUCAUACUAUACCUAGCCCUUUUGAUUGUCCUUGAAAUUCGCCUCAGUCAAUGGUCACCUGACACAGAACCGGGUCGUUGCUACUAUUCGCACUUGGUAACAAGUCCGUCAGCUUCACAUCCCACCUCCGAUAUGACUUAUGUUGGCGUUACUGGCUUCUGGCUCAUUCUUAUCGUUCUUGCUGGCAUGUUCGCUGGCGUUCAAAGGAGACGGGCAAUUUUGAUUCUGUCCAUGCUUCACUUUCCACUGCAUCUCUAUAUGACGAUUGUGCUUCGACAGGCGAACCAAGGAAAAUUUGAAGGCGAGACAAAGCACGAGCACGAAUGGGAUUUUGGCCAGACAACGGCUGUGAUUCUUCUAGGAAUUGCCGUUGUAGAGCUGAUCAAAAAAGGCCGAGAAUACUAUAAUUUUGAGCGUCAGGUGGCUAAGAAUGGCAUCCCUCUCCCUACAAGGGACCAAUCACUGGAGGAAGUUGAGAGUGCCACUAAGAAUGGCUAUGUUCUUGAUGAUACGCGCCUGAAAAACGAACAAAUUUCCCAAAAACAGCUUGCUGCUACCAACGAACACUCCGCCAACUGA